CGCGGGGGAGCGAGCGCAGCAGUAGGAGGCGGCGGCGACCAGCCAGCCGGUGAGUGCAGGCGUCGGGCCCGGACCUCCCGUUUGUUGGGCUGCGUCAGAGCCGCUUGGCUCUCGUCGCGGGUUCUCCCGCGGUGCGGUCCGCGGGGCCCUGGUCCCGAAGCCGGCCCGCCUGCACCCCCUUCGUUCCCGACAGGCCUCGGGCCGCGCCGCGGAGGGCCCGAUUCGCGCCGUCGGCCUCGGCCCUGACCAGGUUGGUGCGCCACGCUUGGCUUCACCACCAACACCACCACCACCACCAUGUGGCACGAAGCUCGGAAGCAUGAGCGCAAGCUUCGCGGUAUGAUGGUGGACUACAAGAAGAGGGCCGAGCGGCGUAGGGAGUACUAUGAGAAAAUUAAGAAGGACCCAGCUCAGUUCCUGCAGGUGCAUGGCCGAGCCUGCAAAGUGCACCUGGAUUCUGCUGUGGCCCUGGCUGCCGAGAGCCCUGUGAACAUGAUGCCCUGGCAGGGUGACACCAACAACAUGAUUGACCGCUUCGAUGUCCGCGCCCACCUGGACCACAUCCCCGAUUACACCCCCCCACUGCUCACCACCAUCUCCCCAGAGCAGGAGUCGGAUGAGCGGAAGUGCAACUACGAGCGCUACCGAGGCCUGGUGCAGAACGACUUCGCGGGCAUCUCGGAGGAGCAGUGCCUGUACCAGAUCUACAUUGAUGAACUGUAUGGUGGCCUGCAGAGGCCAAGCGAGGAUGAGAAGAAGAAGCUGGCAGAGAAGAAGGCUUCUAUCGGCUACACGUACGAGGACAGCACGGUGGCUGAGGUGGAGAAGGUGGCUGAGAAGCCGGAGGAGGAGGAGUCCCCGGCUGAGGAGGAGAGCAACUCGGAUGAAGAUGAGGUCAUCCCCGACAUCGACGUGGAGGUGGACGUGGAUGAGCUGAACCAGGAACAGGUAGCGGAUCUCAACAAACAAGCCACCACCUACGGCAUGGCCGAUGGCGACUUCGUCAGGAUGCUUCGGAAAGACAAGGAGGAGGCGGAGGCCAUCAAGCACGCCAAGGCCCUGGAGGAGGAAAAAGCCAUGUAUUCGGGCCGUCGCUCCCGGCGCCAGCGGAGAGAGUUCCGGGAGAAGCGGCUGAGGGGGCGUAAGAUCAGCCCGCCCAGCUACGCCCGCCGAGACAGCCCCACCUACGACCCCUAUAAACGGUCGCCCUCGGAAUCCAGCUCUGAGUCCCGCUCGCGCUCACGCUCCCCGAGCCCGGGGCGGGAGGAGAAGAUCACCUUCAUCACCAGCUUCGGGGGCAGCGACGAGGAGGCGGCCGCGGCAGCCGCCGCAGCUGCCGCAUCUGGGGCCGUCCCCGGGAAGCCCCCCGCGACCCCCCAGCCCGGCGCGCCGGGACGCAAUCCGGGCGCCCGCCGCCGCUCCUCCUCCUCCUCCUCGUCCUCAGCCUCGAGGACCUCCAGCUCCCGCUCCAGCUCCCGUUCCAGCUCCCGCUCCCGCCGCGGUGGGGCCCACUACCGUACCAGCCGCCACGCGCACUCCCGCUCUCGUUCCUGGUCCCGCUCCCGAUCGCGUUCCCGGCGCUACUCCCGCUCCCGCAGCCGCGGCCGGCGCCACUCCGGUGGGGGCUCCCGCGACGGACACCGCUACUCCCGCUCACCCACCCGGCGCGGCGGGUACGCACCCCGCCGCAGAAGCAGGAGUCGCUCCCGCUCUGGAGACCACUACCGGCGGGGGGCCCGGGGCCCCCGGCACCACAGCAGCAGCCGCAGCCGCAGCAGCUGGUCCCUCAGCCCAUCCCGCAGCCGCAGCCUGACCCGCAGCCCCAGCCACAGCCCCAGCCAGCCCCACAGCCGCAGCCGCAGCCGCAGCCACUCACCGUCGCCCCCGAGGGAGAAGCUGACCCGGCCAGCAGCGUCCCCCGCUGUGGGCGAGAAGCUGAAAAAGACUGAACCUGCCGCUGGUAAAGAGACAGGAGCUGCCAAACCCAAGCUGACGCCGCAGGAGAAACUGAAGCUGAGGAUGCAGAAGGCACUAAACCGGCAGUUCAAGGCGGAUAAGAAGGCGGCCCAGGAGAAGAUGAUUCAGCAGGAGCACGAGCGCCAGGAACGGGAGGACGAGCUGCGCGCCAUGGCCCGCAAGAUCCGCAUGAAGGAACGGGAGCGUCGAGAGAAGGAGAGGGAAGAGUGGGAACGCCAGUACAGCCGCCAGAGCCGCUCACCCUCGCCCCGCUACAGUCGAGAAUACAGCUCUUCCCGGAGGCGCUCCCGGUCCCGCUCCCGCAGCCCGCACUACCGCCACUAGGCAUAAGAGCCCAGCGUGCGGGGUCACGGGUGGCCGAGCUGCCGUUGCUCUCUAGUGAAAUAAAAGUGUA